GCCAAGAUCGCUGGCGAUCAGUGCGGUUUUGGAGUUCGUUGCGUUCGGUCGCGAGAUACCUGGCUAAGUGGAACCCCAAGCUAGAUCCCUGGAUCGGUACCAACUCGAAUUUUAUUCGCGAGUGUAGUUCUCUCUCUCUCUGUUUUUCUAACCCAUAGUUAAGCCCGAGUGUGUGUGUGUAAUUGCUAGUGCCAGGAUAAGCACAUCCUGCCGGGAAAAAUACGAAUUAAAUCGGGGGCCUGUGCCCAAACACCCACACGCUGCCAUAAAAAAGAAAACCCAGACACACGCAGGCACACUUUUGCAACCGUUAGCCAUGUUGGCAAUGAAGGAUAAACCUUGGCUGCUGCUAUUUGGCCUAUUGGCCGCAUUAAGCUGCCUAGCCAGCUUUGGAGAUGCCGCCUACCCCUAUUAUGGCACCAAGAUCGGAGCCCUGACCCGCCUGCACCACGGUGUCUCUGGCGAUGUGUACGCCGUCGAUUCCCGCACCAUCUUUAUCAAGAAGUUCAAUUACGACGGCGAGGCGCCAGCUGCCUAUUUCUAUGUGGGGAAUACUGCGCGGCCAAGUAAUGAAGGUGCCGCCCGGCUGAGGGACGAAAGGGGCGGAACCGCCUCCCUGACCCGCCGUUACAGGAACAAGGACGUCACCCUGUCGCUGCCCGAGGGCAAAACACUGCGCGACAUCAAAUGGUUCUCGGUGUGGUGCGAUGAGUUUGCGGUGAAUUUCGGCGACGUUUCCAUUCCGCCCAACUUGGACUUCCCGCGGCCACAGAAGAUCAGCGCUCUGAGGGGCGUCCAUGGUGUCUCCUCCGACAACAUUGUCAUAGUGGACGCCCAAACGCUGCUUGUGCCCAACUUUAGCUACGACGGAGAAGCGCCAGAUGCCAAAUUUUGGGUGGGUCGCGGCCAGCGGCCCACUUCUGACGGCCUGAGGAUUCCGGACGAGAAUGGCAAGGAGAACCCGCUGCGCCGCUACGAGCGCAAGACAAUCGUGCUGACCCUGCCCGAAGACCUGACCAUCUUUGACAUUGGUCACUUUGGCGUUUGGUGCGAGGCCUUCACCGUGGAUUUCGGACACGUUCGCCUGCCGGAGGGCCUAAAUGUGCCGCCCUCCCUGAAGAUGCUCGGAAUCAGUCCUCAGUCGAAGCUCAACUGCGAGGUGCUCUACGACGAUCUGGCAUUCGAGGUUCGCUGGGCGGUGGCCGGCGAGAGCAUCGUGGUCCAGUUGGUGGCCAAAUUGGAACCGAACAACUACAUGUCCUUUGGAAUUUCGCCGAACAAGAACAUCAGCCAGAUGAUUGGUGCGGAUGCAGUGGUGGCCUGGGUGGAUCCACAGACCGGAAACGGAUUUGCAACGGACUAUUUCCUGGAAGGCAAAGCACAGUGCUCAGGUGGGCGUGGCGCUUGUCCCGACACCAAGAUCUCUGAGAAGACCAAUUCCAUAAGGCUACUAAAUGCCGCCAUGGUGAAUGGCUAUUCGAUUGUGACCUACCAAAGAUCCCUAGCUGCUACGGAUCGCCUGGAUCUGCCCAUCUCGAUUACGGGAGCGGAAUCAGUGGUGUGGGCAAUUGGACCCCUUAACGAUUUCCAGGAAGUCUCCUUCCAUACAUUCUACAACAAGCAUCUGCACCAGAUCGAGUUCGGUCGCCAGCCCAAGUGGAAUUGUCCCUUGCCAGAGGGUGCUCGUGGCAACAGCAACUCAUCGGAACAGGAGGACUCUGCUCCCGCGGCCCAGAGUUCUACUGGCGGAGCUGGUUAUCCGCCAGCAGGCCGACACAAUGUGGAACCCGAUGAGGAGUUCUACGAGAAUCGGGCUGAGGCACUGCAUCGUCAGCCACCACAGAGGCGCCAGGAAACAGCGAUCAUCACCCAAAGGCGGCCAGUGCCCACUCCGAAGCCAGUGAACAGCAAUGGCGCCUGGGACAUCCCUGCCAUUCAGUGUCACGAACCAGAGGAUGGAGUGUUCUAUGCCCAGAUGGGCCCUACGGGAGGAAAACACGGCUAUCCAGCAAUCACAGGACACGUCGGAUGGGGAAUUUCCUGGUACAUCAACGGACUUCUGAUCCCCGAGAUCCAUGUGGUGCGCGGCAAGACCUAUACAUUUGUGGUUGAGGGCGGAAACAAUCCGGAUAUUCCGGCCAAGUACCAUCCGUUCUACAUCAGUGACGAUCCUGUGGGAGGAUACGAGCACAAACGCGAGGAGGAGAAAAAGGCCGUGCGCAUCUACGCCGGAGUACAUCGCUCCCGGUCCGGCCAAGUCACGCCCACCGGCGUUGGCCGUCUCUGCAACUGGACACCAGAUGUGGAAGGUCCCCCGGCGGACGACUACCAGUCCUUCGGCGCCUACCAGCGCACCCUGACGCUUAAGUGCGACGCCGGCGAGCCGGGAGUGAUUACCUGGAAACCGGACCGGAAUACGCCGGACACGGUGUACUACCACUGCUUCACACACCGCUAUCUGGGAUGGAAGAUCCACGUGCACGACUCUUGUGACUCGGACGCGGGCGGACUCAAGGGAGCCGCCUCUGAACGCCACGAAACCCGGCUGCCGGCGAAAGUCACCGCUGCGGAACCGGCGCCAGUGCACGAGGACUACGCCGGAGAGGCGUCCGUACGGCACGAAACCAAGGUCAGCGCCAACGAUAAUUUUUUAUUGAAGCACCAAACCGAUUUGAUUAAGAACCACAAUAUGAACGGAACACCGCCCAAACUGAGUUUUGAAAUAACGAAAUCUUCGGAAAUAACCAAACUGAUUUCAGAUGGCAUCCGCGCUGCUGAGGCUCUCGAGGAGAGCCUACUGAGGAACCCGAAUUUGAACCCCAACCAUCCCAACCAGAACCCGAUUCCGAAUCCACACCAGAAACCGAACGUGACCCCGACCGAGAUCAGCUCGCGACCCGAGAUUCUGCUGGGCGAGACCCAUGCCCACACGCUGAACGCAUCUCCAUCCGCAUCCGCAUACCCAUCUCCAUCAGCCACUUUACCCUCUGCCAACCAAAAGCUCCCCAUACUCGCGGCUGGUCCCCAUCUCAUCCAUCAUACCCCGCACUUGCAUCGCCUGCACCACCAACCGCAGCAUGCCCCCCACCCGCAUGUCCAUUUGCAUCACCACAAUCUAACCGCUAAUCUUCCAGCGCUCGCCCAGAAAACCAUUGGACUCUCUGAGUUUCUACGUCCGCCGCAAAACGCUCCGCUCUUUCAUCCGGUUAAGCUGCCCGGCCGUCGACCUUUCCCUGCUCCGAUCAAGAAGGUGCCGGCCUCAAGGCCCAUACUUCCGCAGCAGCAUCCGCACUUGCAUCCGCAUCCACAGCAGCAUCCCGUUCUUCUGCAGCAACAGCCCUCCCUGAUUGUAAGUCACUAUAGGAAGCCGAUACCGGGAUUGUUGAAGCCCUUCGUCAAGGAGAAACCUUUUCCACUGCAACCGCUGGCGGCAUCUGUUUUACUCCUGGGUCAGCCCACUGAGCUAGGCGGGCUCAAUAACAAGGGAGAACGACUCAAGAUUAAGGGUAAACCAAAAAUUCCAGUACCUUAUGUAGACCUAGAACCACAAGGGUCUCUGCAAAAUGCGGCCUUCUUUAAUCAACCAGGCGGAAAGGGAAAGGGGGACCAGAAACCCAAGACCUCCUCUGUGUCCUCCAUUCUCAUCUCAACCACGCCCAUUCCGCUGGUGAAACGUCCUACUGUAAAGGAACCCUCCCAGGAGGAAAUCGCCAGUAUGCGUCCUGCCGUUAAUCAGGGUUUCAAGCCCGACACCGUGAUUGUGGAGAGCGGAUUCAAACCCAUCGUUAGAACCGAUGGCACUGGUGUCCAAUUGCCCAAGGAGAUCAUCGAUCAGGUGGCCCAUCGACGAGAGGAUCCUGGGACAGAAAUCGAUGAGGUGAUGGAAACAGAUACCCUGUUCCUGGCAGCCCAGCAGGGAGGCAGUGAAACGCAGAGCUUUGAGCCCAUGUUUAUACCAUCCCCCUUGGACAGUACCAAUGCCACAAAAGUGUUGAGGGUUAACGUGAAGGAGGUUAGUCCCACGGCAUCGGCUCUAAGACUGCCGUCGGCAGCCCUGGAGCACGCCCUGCCCUCCGCUUCGGAGUUAAUAAAGCCCACCCUGGACGAACUUUUUGGAGAGGACCUAAACGAAGAGGAGCUAGAAAUGGAGCCUAUGCCAGUGGCGGAUGAUGUGGAGUCAGUGGAAGAGACAACCAAAAAAGAUGCUGUAACCACAACAAUAGACAUUCCAAGAAACACAACCAAGAAACCGGAUCCCGAUCUGCUGGAAGAUCUCUUUGGGCCCGAUGAAGAAGAGAUAUAUGCGGAUGAGUUGGAACUAGACAUGGAUGACCGAGUGGCCGCUGCUGCGGAACGGAUAGACACCUACUACCUGCCGCCGGAUAACCGAAAGAUUCCCCAUACCAGGCUGCCGAGUGGAGCCCUCUACACCUUUGAUGGCAAGUCGGUGGUGGACAGUAGCCUGGUGUUGCCGCCCAAAUUGGAUGCCCCGGAUAAUGGCGGCGUCCACCAGCGACAUGCCCAGUAUGGAUUGACCCCCUUGGAGCAGCUAGUCCGUACCACACCUCAGUUUGGAGUCUACAGAGGAGAGCUGCCACAGGAAUUCCGAGGCACAGAGCCCCAACCCGUCUCCGAGUAUUCCCAUCCAGCGCCGUUCAGUCGUACCACUCCUGUGUUCACCAGCAGCAGUGGCAACACCAUCUAUCCGUAUUCCUCGUCGACAGGAGCAUCCACAUCCACCGUAUCAUCAUCGUCCUCAUCGCCAUUGUCGUCAUCAUCGCUGAGACCCAUUUCCACCAAACUGCAGCUUCUGAAGCCGGAGGGCCGAAGAGCGUAGGAUCUGCAAUAGCGAAAUUAUAAGCAAGAACUAGCAUUUAACCGUUUUGGGGUGUACGACUCUCAUAACCACGUUACAUUUACUCGUAAACCUGUAUUAGCCCGUAGUUUUCUUUUAACACUUAUGAUGCUCUUAAUUUUAAACGAACGCAUGAAUUUUAUUAGCUAAGCUAACCGAUUCUGUUUAAGCCGCAUUUUAGUCGUUGUGAAAUAAAACCAAGAAGUAAU